AUGUUUUGGAAAAAAAGUCCAAGUCCGGAGCAUGUAUAUACCGCCAUUGAAGAUGAUGAGAGCGUCGGGGCAUCCUCUGUCCCAUCGGCCUUGGAAAAGCAACGUCGGGAUUAUUGGCGCUACAGCCGACUAGUGCCGCUUAUCGCAUGGCAGAUAAUGCUCUCUGUGGUCAUGUUUCUAGCUGGUGCCGCCGUAACGGCCGCGAGCUCACCUCGACAUUGUGCGCCAGAUGGCCAGGAUACAAGGCCACUGACAGAUCGUCAAUGUGUCGAACAGCUAAGCGUUUAUUCACCGCUUUUGGAUUUAGUCGAAUAUGAGCAGCGCAACUGGACCGACCCAAUGGCUGGCUCGGAUUCGGGCUAUGUCGGCCGCCCAACCAAGGAGAUGGAGAAGAAGUGGGACGCAAUCUCCCAGGGCAAGCUGCAAUUCUCUUUUCUAUCGAUGGUCGCCAUCCCCUACGAAAAACUCUCGCUUCUCGACCGUGUCGAAUACGGCGAUGGCCACCACCACGGCUCCCGCUUCAUAACCGUCCCGCCAGGAAACCCGCACCCCUCGUCGCCCGGCGGGUACGUCGGUAUAGUCGAGGUGUUCCACCACCUGCAUUGCCUCAACAUACUGCGGCAGUACAUCUGGAUCGACACCUACGCCCCGCCACCCGGCGAAGCGGGAACGCGCGGAGAAGACGACCAAGACGACGAGCGGCCCCCGCUGCCCAAAUGGAUGCAUCAUGAAGCACGCAAACACACGGACCACUGCGUCGACGUUUUGCGGCAGGCGCUCACGUGCAACGCUGACGUGACGCCAUAUUUGAUAUACAAAGGAGAGGGAAACGGUGGCGAUGAGUUCUGGCCUGAGGGGUCACGCGAGGAUUUCGAGAGCAUGCACAAGUGCCGCAAGUUGGAGCCGCUGCUUGAGUAUUUCCAGGACAACGGCUUGAAAAUUGACCCACCACAUGUGGGUUAA